ACCCUCGCCUCCCUCGCUCCCGUUGCUUUUCCUCCCUCCCCCCCUUUGCCCCUACCCCGGGCCGGCUCCUUCCCUGGUGCCGGCCAGCUGUGCCCGGCGUGUGUUGGCCUCAGUGCAUCCGGCCUUGUAGCCUUCUGUCCGCCCCUCGGCUAUGGAGGUGCCCCAGCCGGAGCCUGCACCGGGCUCGGCUCUCAGUCAGCCGGGCAUCCGCGGUGGCGCUCAGCGUCCAGGUCACCUCCCGGGCCUCCGCCUGGGGUCUCAUGGCCUCCUGGGGUCCCCGGAGCGCGCGGCGUCUUCCUCUCCGGUCACUACCCUCACCCAGACCAUGCACAACCUCUCCGGGCUCGGCAGCGACACCCCAAAGAGUGUGGUAGGGAGCCUGUCCUUCCACAGGCGGCUGACACGCCUGUCCAGGCGAGCAUCUGAAUCGUCCCUGUCAUCUGAGUCCUCCGAAUCUUCUGAUGCAGGUCUCUGCAUGGAUUCCCCAAGCCCUGUGGACCCCCAGAUGGCAGAGCAGACGUUUGAACAGGCCAUCCAGGCAGCCAGCCGAGUCAUUCGAAACGAACAGUUUGCCAUAAGACGCUUCCAGUCCUUGCCGGUGAGGCUGCUGGGCCAUAGCCCUGUGCUGCGGAACAUCACCAACUCCCAAGCCCAAGAGAGCUGGAGGAAGAAUGAGGCAGGCAGUGGAGUUGCCAACAGCCCUGGGGAAAACAAAGAGAAUGAUGGAUUUGUCUUCAAGAUGCCUUGGAAGCCCACACUUGCCAGCUCUACCCAAGCUCUGGCGGCCUGGGCAAGCCGCAGAGAGUCCUUUACCCAGAGGCCAAGUUCAGCCCCUGACCUGAUGUGUCUCACGCCAGAGCGGAAGGUGGAAAUACAGGAGCUGUGUCCUGUGGCCCAAUCCUGCUUCUCCAUGACCCCUGCAGAGGGGGCUGCUGAGGAGGACGAUGGAUUCGUGGAUAUCCUGGACAGUGAUUUAAAGGAUGAUGAUGUGGUCCCCCCAAGCAUGGAGAGCCUCAUUAGUGCCCCACUGGUCAAGAAGGUGAAUAAAGAAGAGGAACAGGACCUCAUCAUGUUCAGCAAGUGCCAGCGGCUCUUCCGAUCUCCAUCCAUGCCCUGCAGCGUGAUCCGGCCCAUCCUCAAGAGAUUGGAGCGGCCCCAGGACAGGGAUACACCUGUCCAGAGCAAGCGGAGGAGGAGCUUGACCCCCCUGGAGGAGCAGCAGCAGCCUGAGGAACCUAAAGCCCGUGUGCUUCGCUCAAAGUCCCUGUGUCAUGACGAGAUUGAGAGCAUCUUAGACAGUGAUCACCAUGGAUUGAUCGGAGAUUACUCCAAGGCCUUCCUUCUCCAGACUGUGGAUGGCAAACAUCAAGAUCUCAAGUACAUCUCACCAGAAACUAUGGUGGCCCUGCUGACAGGCAAGUUCAGCAACAUUGUGGAGAAGUUUGUGAUUGUGGAUUGCAGAUACCCCUAUGAGUAUGAAGGCGGGCACAUCAAGACAGCUGUGAACUUGCCCUUGGAACGGGAUGCCGAAAACUUCCUGCUGCAGAGCCCCAUCACACCCUGUAACCUGGACAAGAGAAUCAUCCUCAUUUUCCACUGUGAAUUCUCAUCUGAGCGUGGGCCUCGAAUGUGCCGAUUCAUCAGGGAACGAGACCGAGCGGCUAACGACUACCCCAGCCUGUACUACCCUGAGAUGUAUAUCCUCAAAGGCGGCUACAAGGAGUUCUUCCCACAGCACCCGAACUUCUGCGAGCCCCAGGACUACCGGCCUAUGAACCAUGAGGCCUUCAGAGCUGAGCUGAGGACCUUCCGCCUCAAGACACGCAGCUGGGCUGGGGAACGGAGCCGGCGGGAGCUCUGUAGCCGGCUGCAGGACCAAUGAGGGGCCAGUGUCAGUUCUGCCACCCUCCUUGCCUCGCAGGGCCUGGAGGCUGGUGGUCCCAUGGGUCUGCAGGACUGAGGGCCUACUGGAGGCCCUAGGUGCUAUCUAGGGGAGAGAUGGCAUGGGUGUGGUGUCCAUCUGCCCCUGUCUCUGAUUCCCUUUGUCUCACUCCAUUCACUUUCCAUAUCCUAGUGUCAGCCUGGUAGAUUAGUACCAGCUCAGAGGACGUAUUUUGUAUUUAGCAGGAACCUUUAUGCUUUUCUUCUUCCUUGUCUUAUAUGUCCAGAAAAGCCCCUUUGUGUAUAUGUGAGCUGAGGGUAGGAGAGCCACAGCCCCCAAGGAUGGGUAGAGCAAGCCCAACUGUGGCCCUGAGCACUUAUCAGUAGGGCUGCUCCUGCCCUCUGCAAGAAUCAUGGUGUCCCUGCCACAUUGCCCCUUUCUCUUUUCCUCUCCUGUCCCUCAGCACAAAGCACCUCCAGUGUAAAUGUAAGCUCUUACUCUUUCCUGUUGUAGUGUUAUUUUCAGGCUCUAUUUUUGUUCGUCUCACUUUUAUGUCUUGCUGGCUAUGUAGACUCCCCUUGCCCAGCUGGGGGUAGAGAGUCAAACAUAAUUACCCACCUGGCCCUGGCUUCUGUUCCCCGAGAAAGGGGUGUUAUCCUUGAGGGCCUGGGAGCCCCAUCCCCAUUGCUGUAAACCCUGGAGCCUGACUGGUCAGAAUUUGCUGCUGUCCUGUUGCAGAUGGACGAAUGGACAGGUGAAUGGAUAGAUGGAUGGCCAUGGGUACACAGCGCCUUGCACACAUGUAUGUACACACAGAGUAGAAGCAUUUUGGUGAGCAUGGCAGGCUGCAGCAGGAAUGUAUGUAUGUGUGUCUGUGUGGACAAAAGUCUUUACACUUAGCAUUUGAAGAUGUUCAAGACCCGAUGUCACGGAAGCAGCUAAAUCAAGGACUGAGCCACCUCUGGGGUCUGAAUCUCAAAGUGCGGGAAGGGCUGUGCUGGAAGGCCUUGCUGAGUCAUCUGGUAGGGUCUUGGUUCAAUAAAACACUGAGCAAAUUGAAUAACCAGCUUCCUAUCAUGUGAGACCCUUGAGAAGACCACAGCAGACCAAUGAUAGGGUUAGGCAGGGAGCUGGACAGCAGAGACUGGAAGGCUUCCUAAAGAGAUGACCUCCUGUUGUCUUUCCUUCCUCUCCUGAAGUCUAAGUCUCUUACAUGACAAUCCAGCAGGACUUGGAUUCAGCCUCUUUUCCUUCACCUGACUACCCAAGUACUAAGCUCACCCUUCCUAAACACUUCAUCAAGUGGUAAGAAUUAUUAGUGGCUCCCAUUG